AUGGCUGCGCCAAGCGGGAUCACGACAGGUAACGUGGUUGGGGGCUGUUCGGAAGAGAACGUGGGGAGCUCUGCGUGGGCCACGCGGGAUAGCGUGGCAAGGACAGCUGGCGAGAUGCCGGCCUCCGUGUGGAAGGAGAUGAGCGGGAGUUCCUUCGGGAGGCGGUGCUUUCGAAGGAAAUCCUUCCUUCUGUCGUACGUUAGGUCUUCCAGGGCCUGCAUGUCGCCCUUCGGAAUAGAUGGUGGUAUUGGAGUUCGUUUAGGAAAAAGGUCCGACGACAUAUUAAAAGGAAGUCAAGAAAUGGAGUGUUUAGCGUUCAGACUUAACCUCAAGGAUGAGAAUCUCCAUAAGCUUACGGAUGUUGACAUAAUCACCAAGCUGGCCUUCUCUCAGUAUAUCUGA